AUUUGCUUAACCGGUGGGACCAUGCCAGAACGGCUCUCGGAAGCGCUCUGGGAUCUCUGGACUCCAUUAAUAAUACUAUGGAUUACGCUCCCGCCCUGCGUUUACACGGCGCCGACGACUCCGUCUCAAGUUCUGAUGAGUGGAUCCCGUCUGGAACUCAACAGGCUGAGUGAAGAACAGCGGAUCUUGAACCGCUCCAAACGAGGCUGGGUUUGGAAUCAAAUGUUUGUCCUGGAGGAGUUUUCUGGACCGGAACCGAUUCUUGUUGGCCGGCUGCACACAGACCUGGAUCCUGGGAGCAAAAAAAUCAAGUAUAUCCUGUCGGGCGAUGGAGCUGGGACAAUCUUUCAAAUAAAUGAUAUAACGGGAGAUAUCCAUGCCAUAAAGAGACUUGACCGGGAGGAAAAGGCUGAGUAUACCCUCACAGCUCAGGCAGUGGACUUUGAGACCAACAAGCCCCUGGAGCCUCCUUCAGAAUUUAUUAUUAAAGUUCAGGACAUCAACGACAACGCACCGGAGUUUCUUAAUGGACCCUAUCAUGCGACCGUGCCAGAGAUGUCCAUUUUGGGUACGUCUGUCACUAAUGUAACAGCCACCGAUGCUGAUGACCCAGUUUAUGGCAACAGCGCCAAGUUGGUGUACAGUAUCUUGGAGGGGCAGCCUUAUUUUUCCAUUGAGCCUGAAACAGCAAUUAUAAAAACUGCCCUUCCCAACAUGGACAGAGAAGCCAAGGAGGAGUACCUGGUCGUCAUCCAAGCCAAAGAUAUGGGUGGACACUCCGGGGGCCUGUCUGGGACCACAACACUGACGGUGACUCUUACUGAUGUUAAUGACAAUCCUCCAAAAUUUGCCCAGAGUCUGUAUCACUUCUCAGUACCUGAAGAUGUGGUUCUUGGCACUGCCAUAGGCAGGGUAAAAGCCAAUGAUCAGGAUAUUGGUGAAAAUGCACAGUCAUCGUAUGACAUCAUUGAUGGGGAUGGAACAGCACUCUUUGAAAUCACCUCUGAUGCCCAGGCCCAGGAUGGCAUUAUAAGACUAAGAAAGCCUCUGGACUUUGAGACCAAAAAAUCCUAUACGCUGAAGGUGGAGGCAGCCAAUGUCCACGUUGACCCACGUUUCAGUGGCAGGGGGCCCUUUAAAGACACGGCCACGGUCAAAAUUGUCGUUGAGGAUGCUGAUGAGCCUCCUGUAUUCUCUUCACCCACUUAUCUCCUCGAAGUUCAUGAAAACGCCGCCCUGAACUCUGUGAUUGGGCAAGUGACCGCGCGUGACCCUGAUAUCACUUCCAGCCCUAUAAGGUUUUCCAUCGACCGGCACACUGACCUGGAGAGGCAAUUCAACAUUAAUGCAGAUGAUGGGAAGAUAACGCUGGCUACGCCGCUUGACAGAGAGUUAAGUGUAUGGCACAACAUAACGAUCAUUGCUACUGAAAUUAGGAACCACAGUCAGAUAUCACGAGUACCUGUUGCUAUUAAAGUGCUGGAUGUCAAUGACAACGCCCCUGAAUUCGCAUCCGAAUAUGAGGCAUUUUUAUGUGAAAAUGGAAAACCCGGCCAAGUCAUUCAAACGGUGAGUGCCAUGGACAAAGAUGAUCCCAAAAACGGACAUUAUUUCUUAUACAGUCUUCUUCCAGAAAUGGUCAACAAUCCGAAUUUUACCAUCAAGAAAAAUGAAGAUAAUUCCCUCAGCAUUUUGGCCAAGCAUAAUGGAUUCAACCGCCAGAAGCAAGAAGUCUAUCUUCUGCCAAUCGUCAUCAGUGACAGCGGGAACCCUCCUCUGAGCAGCACCAGCACGCUGACCAUCCGGGUCUGUGGCUGCAGCAGUGAUGGUGUUGUCCAGUCCUGCAAUGUGGAAGCUUACGUCCUUCCGAUUGGACUCAGUAUGGGCGCCCUAAUUGCCAUAUUAGCUUGCAUCAUUUUGCUGCUAGUCAUCGUGGUGCUGUUUGUCACUCUGCGGCGACAUAAAAAUGAGCCAUUAAUUAUCAAAGACGAUGAAGAUGUACGAGAAAACAUCAUUCGCUACGACGACGAAGGAGGCGGGGAGGAAGACACGGAGGCCUUUGACAUCGCAACUUUACAAAACCCGGAUGGAAUUAAUGGAUUUUUACCCCGUAAGGAUAUUAAACCAGAUUUGCAGUUUAUGCCAAGGCAAGGGCUGGCUCCAGUUCCCAAUGGUGUUGACGUGGAUGAAUUUAUAAAUGUGCGGCUCCACGAGGCAGAUAACGACCCCACGGCCCCGCCCUAUGACUCCAUUCAGAUCUAUGGCUAUGAAGGCCGGGGGUCAGUGGCGGGCUCCCUCAGCUCCUUGGAGUCCACCACCUCAGACUCAGACCAGAAUUUUGACUACCUCAGUGACUGGGGUCCCCGCUUUAAGAGACUGGGUGAACUGUACUCUGUUGGUGAAAGUGACAAAGAAACUUGA